CCAGCUCCCGGAGCCGCGCGUCCUUUCCAAGUAAAAACCACUUCCAUUGAGUCAUCAUGACGCACUUUUAGGGAACUUUCCACGGAAGCUCGGAGCUCUUUCGGUCCAGGACGUUUUUGUUUGAAUUCAUCAGCUUGAAUCGUCUUAAAGUUUCCGUUUUGUUUUGUUUUCUUUUUUUUUUUUUUUUUUAAUUUUCUCCCCUGUUUCUGAUUCGCUCUGCACCGGGGUGAUGCCCGCCGGGAUGUUCAGCAUAGACAGCAUCCUGUCCGGUCGGCCGAGCUGUAAGGAGCCGCUGCUGCUGCACCGGAGCGGCCCGGUGGUGCUGUCCGCCGGCCUCACGGACUCUAUUUACACCGACUACAACGGACUGUACUCAGCCACGUGCGGCCCGACUCCACCCGGGGUCCAGUCGGUGAACGGGACCAGGAUAGGAUAUAACGGCUACUACUACGGACAGCUGCACGUCCAAGGCACCGGGGGAGGGCCGCCGUGCUGCGGCUCCGUGCCCGGCCUCGGCCCGCAGCAGUGCCCCUGUAUCCCCGCAGGUUACGACAGCCCGGGUUCGGUUCUCAUCUCCCCGGUCCCGCACCAGAUGAUGUCCUACAUGAACAUGGGCAGUCUGUCUCGGACCGAGCUGCAGCUCCUCAACCAGCUGCACUGCCGCCGGAAGCGGAGGCACCGCACCAUCUUCACCGACGAGCAGCUGGAGGCUCUGGAGGGCCUGUUCCAGGAGACCAAGUACCCGGACGUCGGUACCCGGGAACAGCUGGCCCGUAAAGUCCACCUCCGGGAGGAGAAGGUUGAGGUGUGGUUCAAAAACAGACGCGCAAAGUGGAGGAGGCAGAAAAGGUCUUCAUCAGAGGAAUCAGAGAACUCUCAGAAAUGGAACAAAUCCACCAAAACGUCCGCGGAGAAAACGGAGGAGAGUAAAAGCGAAGUGGACUCGGACAGCUGAUACUAAACGCCCCCCCCCAUCCCCAUCCUACCCCCCCCACCCCCACGUGACCCCCGUGACCCCGUGUCUGUACAGAACACAGUGGACUCGACCUGCUAGUGGUGUGACGACCCGAACCGUGUUGCCAUGUUGCACAGUUGUACAAAUCGACAUUUUAUUAUGAUUAUUCUGUGGCCGCUAUUUAUAUUUAAUUUAAUUUCUUUUUUUCUAUAUUAUUAAUAUUUUUUAUUAUUAUUAUUUUGUUUGUAACCUUAGUGCCACGCCAGGUCACGUGACGCCCGGUGGCUUUAACUGACACGUCUGAAUAUAUCGUAAUGUUAUAUGUGACAUUUUUAUGGAUAUUAAAUGUUGUAACUGGUGUUUUUUUUAUUUUUCCUUUUCACCGCGCUCACAUGUUGAGUCUGUUAGGAAAAAAGAAAAAAAAAAAAAAAAAAAAAAAAGGAAAAAUAAGAAAAGUCUGUGCGCAGCGUCCGCACGCGCAGCUGUACUGAAUAUGAUGAAUAUGCCCGAUUUUAUGUUAUUUUAUUUUGCAAAAAUAAGAAAUCCUACGUAAAAGCAA